CGUUGUUUAUACACAAAAUAAUACAUAAUAAUAUUAAUCAUUAUUCAUUACACUAUGAUUAUUUAUAUUUAAUAUAUUCUUAGUAUUAAAAUAAUAUUACGAAUACUAUACAAAUUAUUAGUCAUUUUUCGCAAUAUUCGGAUAUCGGAUUAUUAGUUCAUUGUAUAUAUUUAAAUACGUAAAAAUGACAGAAGAAAGUGAAAAUGGUAGCUCCAAGACAACUGAAGUAAGAAAAUUAGUAAAAAAUGCUACUGAUUUACAACGUUUGAAACUCGAAAGACUUAUGAAGAAUCCUGAUAAACCUGUUUAUAUACCUGAGCCACGAUCUGACAAAAAAUCCCCUCACGUCCCCGAAUUUGUAAGAAAUGUUAUGGGAUCAAGUGCUGGAGCUGGUAGUGGAGAGUUUCAUGUUUAUCGACACUUAAGACGCAAAGAAUAUGCUAGACAAAAGCAUAUACAAGUAAAAGCAGAAAAAGAACUUUUGGAAGAAGCGUAUCGUCAAAAAAUAUUAGAAAACAAACAAAUGGCUGAAGGACGUACAGCUAAGAAAAGAGCAAAGAGAUUAAAAAGAAAAAAGGUUUUAAGAGAAAAGUGUAAGAUGUCCAAGAAGAAUAAUAUUGCGAACAAUGUUAAUGAAAGUGACUCUACCAGUGAUGAUGAUGAUGAUGCUGAUGAUCAAAAUUUAACAGAAACGUAAAUGUAGCACAAUAUUAAAAUAAAAAUAUUUAUGUAAAAAUAUGUAAAUAAUAAUAACUAUUCAUUAAAUACUAAAAAUAAUACUUAUACCAUUAAUUA